CAGAAGACUCCUUGCCUCUGAGAUAGAAUCGCGCUUUGAAAGAAAUAUGGAUACGUGUGAGCCAUACAAUCAAGACUGCGCCACAAGGUGGUGAAGAAUGAGCAGGUGUCACAGGUAGGAGAGGUGUGGUGUCGAAGUCCCUCAGCUGGUCAGCAUCAUGACAUCAGAAGGCCUCUCAUCCCAUCCUUGCAGCUGGCUCGGAAAAUUGUCCAGACUGCUGUGGAUGCUGUUAGUGGGGACGCUUCCCAGUUUACGGGCCCAGCAGGGCAUCCAGCCCCAGUCCCUCAAAAUUGAGGGUGACAUCACCCUCGGGGGGUUAUUCCCAGUGCACUCCCGAGGGCCAGUGGGAGUGCCCUGUGGAGAUAUUAAACGAGAAAAGGGAAUCCAUCGCUUGGAAGCUAUGCUGUAUGCCCUGGACCAGAUCAACAGUGACCCAGAUCUGCUUCCCAACAUCACACUGGGAGCCCGGAUACUGGACACCUGCUCCAGAGAUACCUACGCGCUGGAGCAAUCACUGACUUUUGUCCAAGCCCUCAUUCAAAAGGACACGUCCGACGUGCGCUGCGCCAACGGAGAGCCGCCGAUCAUCCCCAAACCAGAGAGGGUGGUUGGAGUCAUCGGGGCCUCCGGCAGCUCCGUAUCCAUCAUGGUGGCCAACGUGCUCAGGCUUUUUUCGAUUCCCCAAAUCAGCUACGCCUCCACCGCCCCGGAGCUGAGCGAUAAUAGUCGAUACGAGUUCUUCUCCCGUGUGGUACCUCCCGAUUCUUACCAGGCCCAGGCCAUGGUGGACAUCGUGAAAGCGAUGGGUUGGAACUACGUCUCAACACUAGCAUCCGAGGGCAACUACGGAGAGAGUGGAGUUGACGCUUUCCUUCAGAUAUCCAGAGAAGCAGGGGGGCUGUGUAUUGCACAGUCCAUAAGAAUUCCUCGAGAGCCCAGACCUGGGGAGUUUGAGAAGAUCAUCAAAAGGCUGAUGGAGACAUCCAACGCUCGCGGGGUCAUCAUCUUUGCCAAUGAGGACGACAUCAAGCGAGUGUUGCAAGCUGCUAAAAAGGCCAAUUUGACCGGCCACUUUCUAUUUGUUGGCUCCGACAGCUGGGGGGCCAAGAACUCCCCCAUCCAAGACCAGGAGGAGGUGGCGGAGGGCGCCGUCACUAUCUUGCCAAAAAGAGCCUCUAUUGACGGAUUUGACCAAUACUUCACGACAAGAUCUCUGGAAAAUAACAGAAGGAACAUUUGGUUUGCUGAAUUUUGGGAGGACGACUUCAAGUGUAAACUAACGCGGGCUGGCAUCAAAUACGAAGCCGACAGAAGAAAAUGUACAGGUGAAGAGAGAAUAAGUCGAGACUCUGUGUAUGAACAGGAGGGGAAGGUGCAGUUUGUGAUCGACGCCGUUUACGCCAUGGCUCACGCCUUACACAGUAUGCACAUGGACUUGUGUCCCGGUUCCAUGGGCGUUUGUGAAAAGAUGGACCCCGUGGAGGGACGCAUGCUCCUCCAAUACAUUCGCUCUGUCAGUUUCAAUGGAAGUGCGGGAACCGGUGUGAUGUUCAAUGAGAAUGGAGACGCACCUGGACGAUACGACAUCUUCCAGUACCAGCUUUCCAAUGUCUCCAACCCUGGCUAUAAGGAUAUUGGACAAUGGACAAACCAACUGCGACUCAAUCCGGAGGAGAUGCAAUGGUCAGGCGGUGCCCGCAAGAUCCCCGAUUCGGUCUGCAGCUUCCCGUGCAAAUCCGGUGAGAGGAAGAAGAUGGUGAAGGGCGUUCCCUGCUGCUGGCACUGUGAGCUCUGUGACGGCUACCAGUAUCUCCUGGACGAGUUCAGCUGUGACAUGUGCCCGUUCGACAUGCGACCCCUGGAAAACCGUACGGGGUGCCGGCCCACGCCUAUCGUCAAGCUGGAGUGGAGCUCCCCCUGGGCCAUCAUCCCCGUCUUCCUGGCAAUUUUGGGCAUCCUGGCCACCACGGGGGUUAUCGGCACGUUCAUCCGCUUCAACGACACCCCUAUCGUCCGAGCCUCCGGCAGAGAGCUCAGCUACGUGCUGCUGACGGGCAUCUUCCUCAUUUACCUGAUUACCUUUCUGAUGAUCGCCGAGCCCAGCGUGGGGGUUUGCGCCUUCCGCAGGCUGCUUCUGGGGCUUGGCAUGUGCAUCAGCUAUGCCGCCAUGCUGACCAAAACCAACCGGAUCUACCGCAUCUUUGAACAGGGCAAGAAGUCGGUCACGCCACCAAAGUUCAUCAGUCCUACUUCUCAGCUCAUUAUCACCUUCAUUCUUAUCUCAGUGCAGGUACUCGGUGUGUUCGUUUGGUUCGGCGUGGUGCCCCCGCACACCAUCAUCGACUACGAAGAGCAGAAGCCUCCAAAUCCGGAGUUUGCCCGAGGGGUUCUCAAGUGCGACAUGUCCGAUCUGUCUCUCAUCCUGUGUCUGAGCUACAGUAUCGUUCUGAUGAUCACUUGUACGGUGUACGCCAUCAAGAGCAGAGGAGUUCCCGAGACGUUCAAUGAGGCCAAGCCCAUCGGCUUCACCAUGUACACCACCUGCAUCAUCUGGCUGGCCUUUGUGCCCAUCUUCUUUGGCACUGCGCAAUCUACUGAGAAGAUGUUCAUCCAGACCACCACUCUGACAGUGUCCAUGAGCCUGAGUGCCACCGUGUCGCUGGGUAUGCUCUACGUCCCCAAAGUCUACGUGAUCAUCUUCCACCCGGAGCAGAACGUACAGAAGCGAAAGCGUAGUUUCAAAGCUGUGGCGCAGGCGGCCACCGUGUCGACGCACCUGUCGCAGAAAUCCAACGACAAACAGAACGGCGAGUCCAAGAUUGAGCCAGACAGAUCACAGUAAAGGAGACUCAAGUGAGACAAUUGAUUCAUCACGUGACAUCACAAGCGCCCUUAUUGACACUAUCAGCAAAAUGAAACAAAAAAAAAAAGCAUUUAUCUGGUGAGUUACUUCCCUCUUCUUGUUAUCACCAGCAAUGUUCCUGGAUUUCGCUAUUUGACUCUCGACCAAUGCAUCAAAGAACUCACCAUAAUGGAAAUUCUAAACUAAAAAAAGCCUUGGGCAGUCUACAUUCAAUUAGAAAAUUCACCCCAAAUCCCCAAUAUUUUGUGACUAAUAUUUCCAAUUUAAUAUACAAGGGGUGCUCAUUUUGAGAUUUCUAAAGGCAUGCACUCAACUCAUUUUCAGUGCGAAAUUCUUCAGCACGAGAAAGAAUUCUCAUUUACCGCCAUCAAGAAGGUAUUGUUGCUCGUAAACCUGCCCUGGAAAACGCUGUCUAGGAAAAAAAAAUAAGCUGUCUGGUGACCUUUCUUCCACAGAAAAAUGAAGCCUACAGUGGAAGUCUCUUGGGGUUGAGGAGGCGUAUUAUUUUCUGGUUGCACUGCAUGGAUUUCAGUGUUAUUAAGCUUUAGGCCUCUGUUUGUUCAAAAAGGGCUGGGGUGAGGAUUGAUGGCACUGAAAGCUGUUUGGAAAAUACACCGCAUAUUCAUCUUUGAAAAUUGGAAAAAUGUUCCGUUAUAAUUGCAACGAUAUUUUGAACACAGCCUGUAAGCGUUCACAUUGUUGUGAAAUGGCGUUUUGUAAAACAUCAGAGUUUGCUGUGCAAUGCAACACUUGCAGCGUCCUCUACGGUAAAAAGUGUUUAUAGCGCUCUCUGCUGGAGAGGACACCACUGAAGCACGACCAAGGGUAAACACAUUAAUAAAA